UUUUUCUCUUUUAUUGAUGACAGUUGCAUAGAUUCUAUAAAGAAAAAAUGGAUGAAAAUCAACCACAGACAUUAGAAAGCAAAGAAAAUAUAAUAAAUACUUCACUAUUACUUGCUCGCGUGGAAAGGCACAAAGAUAGAUUAAAGUCAGAUCCACGACCUAUAUUUCAGCAAGCGGAUGAUCAUAUCAUCGACUUAUUCCAAGCCUGUGUACAGGAACAAGGGCUGACCAAAGAACGGGGAAAGCAAUGGCAAUCAAUCUCACACGCUAAUGUUUAUCAGCUUUACGCUAUCUAUGAUACUUUGAGCAGCGACAGCAACAGCUAUCAGACGGUUAUCGAAAAAGAUAUUCAGUCGGUCAUUCAAGACGAUCUUCAUCAGGUUGAUCGAGAAGCGCUAGCUCGUAUACUGAAAGCAUAUAGUGUUUACGAUGCCCAAGUAGGAUACUGUCAUGGUAUGGCUUCCUUGGUUGUUCCAUUAUUAUCUGAGAUGGAGGAAAAGGAAGCCUUUGCGACUUUUGUCAGAUUGAUGGAGCUUUAUGAUCUACGUCGUCUAUUCAUCAGCGGACUCUCCGAAUGCCUCUCUACUUAUCAGUCACUGUUAGCCACCCUUUGUCCUGACGUCAAGCGACACCUUGAUCUUCUCCGAAUUUAUCCCUCAAUGUAUGCUGCCUCCUGGUUUCCCUCCUUGUUUACAAACUCUCCGCUCCCCAUCACUCAGAUGAAGCGGCUGUACGAUCUUGUCUUUUUAGAAGGCGCUGUUGAAACCACCUUGAGGUUCUCACUUUGCUUGAUGCAAAGGAACGAAAAGAUGAUCCUGAGCAUGAACCAAGCCGACCAAGUGCUUGCAUUUAUCCAAUCUUCCGAGUUCUUUGCAUGCUAUCCGCACGACGCAGCCCUCUUUUACCAAGACAUGAUGCAGCUCAAUUCAGCAGUGCAGCAUCAGAUAACUCAGACGGCUGAUCUGGCACGUACGGUUGCACAACUUCAGAAAGAGAACACACAGCUCAAGAUGCAAGGUAUGGAGCAAGAAGCUGCACAACUUAAACUCAGCAAGCGUAAUGCCGUCCUUGAAAAACGAGUCAAAAAGUACAAGGUCAAGUUGGCCCACGCUGUCCAGACACAAUUGCCGCCGGCUAGUGUCCCCGUAGAUCUUGACGAUCAGGAAAAGAAAAAGAAAGACAAUUUUAACUCGUUUGUCGAAUCGCUUCGUGGCACAGGUGAUUUUGGUGCUUUGAUUGCAGGCGCCAUCAUGACCGACACAAGACUGCCUUCGUUGCUGACUGUUAAUAAUAAUAAUAACAGUAGCAGUGAUGAAGAGGAUGAAGAUGAACAUACUAGAAAGCAUCAAGAACAAGUAGAUGCAGCACUUCAAAAUGUCACAUCCGAACUGGUUGCUAUUAAGAUUGAUCACUUUGAGACAACACAACGUUAUGAGGCUCUCUAUCGACACUGUGAGCAGCUCAGCCGCCAGCUUCAACAGGCUUUAGAACACCAAACAGCCAUGACGCAAAAGAUCAUUUACCUGACAAGCGAACUCGAAGACACAACAAGUGAACGUGAUCAAUUAUAUCAAGAUCAAGAACAGGUCUUGGAAAUGGCUACUGUUGCCAAGAAGACGGCUGCUGAACUGCAGCUUGAAAAGAUGACACUUGCCAAGGAGGUCGAACUGCUAGAACAGCGUGUAGCUGAAUUAGAAAAAGAGAAGCAACAGUUCUUUAUGCCCCGCGAUACGUUUUCGGAGGAAGUUUUUGCUGCCCACAGCAUCCUGUUUGGUCAACAAGAGCAACAAAAAAUCACACAAAAGGAGCAAAGACGUCACACGAUGGCCAUCGCAUCCUUGUCUCAGCAAGAGAACGAAUACAAGACGAAAUAUGUCGAAAGCGAAUUACGUUGUCGUGAGCUUGAAAAAUAUUUAGCAGAGGCUAAAGUUAGAUUAGCCGAAUUAGAAACUAGUUUAUUAUACCCCGUUCGUCGUGCCUCAUCUGUUCAUCUCAAGCGUAGUUCCACUGCUUCCAUUUUAGCUAGAGUAAGCACACCAACGACAGAGCCAAGAGCAAGUACAGAAAGCUAUGCGUCAUCUACAACAUCCUUGACUUCUAUGAAUAGUAGUCAGUAUAAUAGUAAAAGAUCAAGCAUGUAUUCAAGGAUUUGGAAUGCAUUUGGAAAUAGUCCAAUAACACCACCUCCAAUGAUCGCAACAACUGCACCGCCUACAACAACAACCGUAAUGAAGAAUUCAAUCAUUUGUCAAGAGCCUCAAAUCAUCUAAAGGCCCCCCUUUUUUUCUCUUUUUUUUAUAUUUCAUAUCAUACAACAUCUUUUUUAAAUAAUAAAAAAAACCUAUCUGUCUUUAAAGAAGCUUUUUUCCCCUCUUCACAUGUCUUAUUUAAUUUUUACACACACUCACACAUAUAUUUAUAUACAGGUAUGAAUGUAGAAACAGAUGAGCAUGUAUAGUCUACAUCAUUAUUUAUAUAUCAUUCUUUUUUUUCAAG